AAAAAAAUAAUUAAAAUGCCUUCUUCUCUUCAGCUUGAGAGAUUCAAUCCUACAACCGAUGCAACCGCUUCAGCAGCCAUCGCCAACUGUGUAAACUGCCCAAGACAACCACCAACGCCACCACCCACCGCAGCGCGUCGUACUGUAGACACCUUGUCUCUUCACCACGCGCAUAUGGUGGGACCUAACCAGUGUUGCUCCGUCGUUACUCAAAACAUCGACGCGCCCGUCUCCGCCGUAUGGCCGGUGGUUCGACGCUUCGACAACCCGCAAGGAUAUAAGAACUUUGUGAAGAGUUGCCAUGUCAUUACCGGAGACGGCAUUAACGUCGGUGCAGUCCGUGAGGUUCGCGUGGUUUCCGGACUUCCAGCCGAGUCGAGUACAGAGCGGUUGGAGAUCCUCGACGAUGAGCGACACGUCAUCAGCUUUAGCGUUGUCGGUGGGGACCACCGUCUGAGAAACUACCGGUCGGUGACGACGCUUCAUUCUGUUGACGGAAACAGGACACUUGUCAUUGAGUCAUACGUCGUUGAUGUACCGCAAGGGAACACGAAGGAGGAAACAUGUGUUUUUGUUGACACAAUCGUACGAUGUAAUUUACAGUCGCUGGGUCAGAUCGCUGAGAACAUGAUCAGAAACAAUGUUUAAGGAUCAUGAACUCAUGUUUCAUUUUUUUAAUGUAAUAAUUUAGGGUGUGUCUUCCGGUGUUUUUGUUUCGAAUAUGGGUAUGUAUGGAUCUUGUGAUCAUUAUCGUGACUAAGAUGCCAGCCUGUAUUGGGAAUUAAUGGAUGGGAUGGGUAGAUGAAGAUCAGUAGGGUUUUUUUCGGAUGACAAAAAUAUAGUUUGAACUUUGAAUAUGAUAUAUGCCUAAAUGUAUAUGUGUUCAUAUUUGUGA